UGCCCCGCGCCGAAUCACUGGAGACGACGAAGGAGACUUUCGCCAAGGUGGACGCUGGGAGCUGUAGUACUGGAGCGGUGAGGCGAGGGGGAGGCGGAGUGACUCGGCGGCCAUUACCUGUGUGGAGCUGCCCGGGACCGGGAGCCCAAGCGAAGAGGGAGGCCUUGGUCGGGUGGGAACGCAACUGCGGCCAUGGGCUCCCGCCGAGGCUAGGCGUCGGAGAGUGGAGCAGGCGGGUCCUUCCGCCCCCUCUCCCGCCUCGUCUCGCGGUGGGGCCCGCUAGGCCUCUGUGCAUCCUCGGCCUCGAGUAGGCCGCUCCUUCCGGCAAGGGCGCCCCGGAGGCGGGCGGGCAGCGCUAUGUCUCUAGUCGCCUACGCUAGCAGCGAAGAGAGCGAGCCGGACGAGGCGGAGCCUGAGGAGGAGGUGUCCGCCACGGCUCCGGCCGCUGGACCCAGCCUGGGGGGCCUCUUCGCCUCCCUCCCCCCGCCCAAGGGUCCUGCCCUGCUGCCCCCACCACCCCAACUGCUGCCCCCAGCCUUUCCCCCGCCGUUGCUGCUGCCCCCGCCGCCGGCCGGAGACCCCCGGCUGCAGCCCCCACCCCCGCUGCCCUUCGGCCUCGGCGGCUUUCCUCCGCCGCCGGGCCUCAGUCUGGCCGAGGCAGCGGGGGUAGGCGAGGGGCUGGGGCUGGGGCUGCCCCUGCCGCGGGCCCCGGGCCUCAGCCUGCCCCCUCCUAUCGGCGGUGCCGGGCCCCCUCUGGGGCUCCCCAAGCCAAAGAAGAGGACGACGGAGCCGGUGCGGAUCGCGGCGCCGGAGCUGCACCAGGGGGAUUCAGAUUCAGAGGAAGAGGAACCUACAAAGAAGAAAACUGUUCUUCAGGGAUCUGGUGAAGGGACAGGUUUAUCAGCUUUGCUUCCCCAACCCAAAAACCUGACCACAAAAGAGACUAACCGAUUGCUCCUGCCCUAUGCUUUCUCUCGAAAACCCACCGAUGGCUCUGCUGACACCAAGCUCUCCAAACCAGCCCCCAAGACCAAAUCUGCUUCUUCUAUUUCCUCUUCUACACCUGUUGUGGGUGCCACCACUACUACCCCAUCGCCCUCAGCCAUCAAAGCAGCUGCCAAAAGUGCUGCUCUACAGGUGACAAAACAGAUCACGCAAGAGGAGGAUGACAGUGAUGAGGAAGUAGCCCCUGAGAACUUCUUCUCCCUUCCAGACAAGGCUGAGCCUCCUGGAGCUGAGCCAUACCCUUACCCUGUCCCUGUUGCCUCUGAAGAGCCACCCCCAGGCACAGAGCCAGAUCCCACCUUCCAGGACGAUGCGGCCAAUGCUCCCCUUGAAUUCAAGAUGGUGGCUGGCUCAAGUGGGGCUCCUUGGGUGCCUAAGCCUGGGGAGGACUACAGCAGUCAGCCCUAUAACCAGUUCCCUACAUAUGGUGACGCUAAUGCCACUGGCGUUUAUUAUCAGGAUUAUUAUAGUAGUGGCUACUACCCAGAAUCUGAUCCAGCCUUAGCUCCCUCCCAGGAGAUUACCCCAGACGCCUCUUUCAUUGAUGAUGAAGCGUUCAAGCGGCUUCAGGGCAAGAGGAACCGAGGAAGGGAGGAGAUUAACUUUGUAGAGAUCAAAGGGGAUGACCAGCUCAGUGGGGCCCAGCAGUGGAUGACCAAGUCCUUGACAGAAGAAAAAACCAUGAAGUCAUUCAGCAAGAAGAAAGGUGAACAGCCAACAGGCCAGCAGAGGCGAAAACACCAAAUCACAUAUCUAAUUCACCAGGCUAAGGAGCGAGAAUUGGAGCUGAAGAAUACCUGGUCAGAGAACAAGCUCAGCCGUCGGCAGACCCAAGCCAAAUAUGGAUUCUAGGCUUCUGGAACUGAUGAUUUCCUCAAGGAUCCCAUCUUUCCCUUUACCCAGGUGGUCUGGACUUGCCCUUCCUAGCUAACACCUUUGGGGCCCCCAGCAGUUUCAAGUCCAGGACCUUCUUCCCUAGGGCCCCAGCCAUCACCUUCUUGAGAAUGAACACAUUGGAUUUCAUUUUCUUAAUAAAACUUAGAAAAUGCAGCUUCCAUCUCUCUUGGGGCCAGCAAAGACUCUGCGAGUGACUCUUCCAGAAAACAACUCUUGAAUUCUAGAUUGGGAACUUGGCUCCCUAACAGGGUGAGAUGACUGGUUGAAUUCUGGAUUUUGUUUUUUGUUUUUGUUUUUUUUUGUUUUUGUCUUUUAAACAAAAACAAAGAUAUCUGUUGAAAUAAAACAUCCAUCCUGACAGAA